UGGGCGGCGACGGUGCCGGUUGAGUCCGGCAAUCCGGAGUCGCUGAGCCGUUAGCACGAGGCGCGCCGAGGGAAACGGGGAGGAGCUGGGAGGAGGGAGGCAGGUGUUGGGGCUUUUGGUGCCGGCGUCGGAGCCGCUGGGUCAAACCCGCGCUGUCCCGGCCCGGCGGGUUAGGUUGGUGUCGCUGACGCCGCGUUCAGCGCUUUUUCCGGGUUACGUUUCAGUAAGAGCGAAGCACCCUUCGCCGGGUGUUCAAGGCAGGGUCGCCAGGACCUGUUAUUCCCCUGCCCCUCGCAUUCUUUCCUACCCAUCUCCUGGUUUGUGAAUUUUCGAGAUCAGAGAGCAAGUUUUCAUUUGGGAAGAGACGUUCUGCGGUGUAUAGUACGAACUAUGAGAUCAGCUCCUGUGUUAGCACUUCACGUGUACUGUCUCAUUUAAUCCACCCAGCAUUCUAAAGGGAUCAACAUUACAUGGUGUCAGAAGUGGGAUACAGAGGAGCCGACCACCAAGGAACAGCAACCUCCAUCAUUAAGUGAGGUUCCUACACUUGAGCCUUCUGUGCUCUUUGCUUCCACUAGUUGCCCUAACUUUCAGUUUGAUUGCUAUUCCCUUGAAUGCCACUCCUGCUAUGGAGAAGAUUGAGGAGCAGUUUGCUAAUCUGAACAUUGUUAGACGUUCCUCGGGGACUAAAGAACUUACUUAUCUGCUUGGCAUAGACACAUCCAAGACUGCACAAGCAGAAAAGGGAAGCUUGGUUGCUGUUUUAUGUUCUAAUGGAUCAAUUAGAAUAUAUGAUAAAGAAAGGUUAAACAUACUACGAGAAUUUAGUGGAUAUCCUGGACUUCUUAAUGGAGUCAAAUUUGCAAAUUCUUGUGACAGUGUAUACUCAUCAUGCACUGAUGGCACUGUGAAAUGUUGGGAUGCUCGAGUAGCCAGUGAAAAACCUGUCCAGCUGUUCAAGGGGUACCCUUCCAAUAUUUUUAUUAGUUUUGAUAUCAACUGUAAUAAUCAUGUCAUUUGUGCUGGUACAGAAAAAGUUGAUGAUGACGCCUUGUUGGUGUUUUGGGAUGCAAGAAUUAAUUCUCAGGAUUUGUCUACUACUAAAGAUCCACUUGGUGCAUAUUCAGAGACACAUAGUGAUGAUAUCACUCAAGUAUGUUUCCACCCCAGCAAUCCCAACAUGGUAGUCUCAGGGUCAACUGAUGGUCUGGUAAAUGUAUUUGAUAUUAGUGUUGAUAAUGAAGAAGAUGCACUGGUUACAACAUGUAACUCAGUUUCAUCAGUAAGCUAUAUUGGUUGGUCUGGGAAAGAUUAUAAACAGAUUUACUGCAUGACACAUGAUGAAGGAUUUUGUUGGUGGGAUCUUAAUCAUCUUGAUACUGAUGAACCAAUUACACGUUUGAACAUCCAGGAUGUCAGAGAAGUAAUUCACAUGAAAGAAGGUACUUUGGACUAUUUGAUUGGUGGCCUGUAUCAUGAAAAGAUGGACAAAUUGUUUGUUGUUGGAGGAACAAACACAGGAAUUAUUCACUUAAUGAGCUGUACCACAUCAGGAUUGACCCAUGUGACCAGCCUUCCGGGAGGGCAUGCCGCUACAGUCCGUUCUUUCUGUUGGAAUUUGCAAGAUGAUUCCUUGCUAACCGGAGGAGAAGAUGCACAGUUGUUACUUUGGAAACCUGGAGCAAUAGAGAAGACAUUCACAAAGAAAGACAGCAUGAAAGUAGCCUCCUCUGUGUACCAGCGAGUUCGCGUUCACAGCAACGAUUCUUAUAAGAGAAGGAAAAAGCAGUGAUGGUACAUUGGGAGUUUACUGGGUAGUUUCAUAGUUGCAAGUAAUUAUUUUUAUGUACUACCUGUCAUAGACAUGUUUAAAGCUCAUAUGUAAAAAUAAGCCAGUUAGCAAACAGUCCUGGAAAAAUGUUGAGAAUGGUUUAAUUCAGGUCGUCAUCUAGUCUAAAAUUAUUUUUUUAAAAAGCCUCCAGUUGAGUAUAUAAUCAGUGAGUUGAAAGUAAAAUUACAUUCCUCAUUUUUAAAACCCAUCUGUUGAGCUAGUAAAUGCUGGUUUAAAGAAAUAGCUUUGAUAAGGACUUUUGAGAAGUAGAUGGCUGCUGUGACUUAAAAAAACAGGUGGUUUGGGCUACGUUUUUUUAAGCUCAAUUUUUUACAUUUAAAUCAUCUUCAUUAUUUAUAAAACGAAGUCAGACUUUUUUUCACUUGAAGAGCUCCUACUUCCUUAAUACUCAUAGAUUACAUUGGAGCAUUUAAAUGUAAAUGUUCUAAUGAGUCUAAAUAGAAUUAAACUUAUUUAGAAAUAAAGUGAUUUGCAUCUAUUUAGGAAAAAUAUAUUUAGUAAAUAUUUGCAUCUAUACUUUAAUGUUGUUGGUUAAACAGUAAACAGGUGUUUCACUGAUGAAAAGGAAAUUAUUGUGCAAAAUUCAUUUUGAGACUCAAAGUGAAUAUACCAAAUGAAAGUAUUUAUAAUAGCAGAAUGACUAUUUUUAUUUCAAAUGCCCAAAUAUUUUGUGAGAAGAUUUUCUUCCAUAGUGUUUCAUCCAUAAUUUUAAACUUGAAUUUUUGUUUACUGCUAAUUUUUCAUCCUUCCUCUUAAAUAUUUCUCCAAAGAAUCUUAAUUAAAAGUUAAUCUCUCUGAAA